UACCAGACCUACUCGUGGCUUUCAAACACGUUCAGCAUUGCAUUGGAGACGGACACGACCACCACAACCACCACCACAAUUGCUUCUGCAGAAACAACCACGCCCAACGAUGGAAGCGCUACCGCCACUCCCUCUACUACCACAACGACCACGCCAAGUGCAACGCCUUCCAGCAGCGAUGACGAUGAAAACUUACCUCAAUUCAUUGCGCCCAACAUCAAUGCGAUUAUUCCAGGUAACGUUUUCUUCUUCUUUUUUAAUUUAACACAAGGUUUCUAUAUAUAGCAAAAGUAAUGUAGCCCUAUACCACCAUCAAAACUCACACACAUCAAUCCUCCCUGUUUACUAUUAAUACCUGCAGAGACCAGCCAGAUUGUUGCAGUCAAGUUCAACUACUUGUCCUACCCACAAAUGGUGAACGAUGCGAUCUUGACUGCCGAGUUUGUCCAGUCACUCCCGGUCUUCAUUAGCAAGUCGCUUGGCGUCUCUGCCGACGACGUGAUUGUCGUGUCGAUCACGACAGCCGGCAGCAACAGCAGCGACCAGAAGAGUAGCAGCAAAAAGAAACGCGACGAAGAGCAGUUGGAUGAAUCCAGCAGCAAUUCGGGCAUUUUGGUGUCGAUGGCGAUUCCUUCGGGCAGCGUCGAGACUCUGCAGAACCUCGUGGCAACACCGAGCAGCGACUUGUACGACGCAUCGAACGGGCAACUGGCCACGCUGAUUGACACGAACUAUUUCGUUGCUUCGACUACCAAUAACAAUAGCGACGGCAGCAACGACACCAAUGGUGGCAACAAUGGUGCUACGAGCGAAUCAGAACAAAGCGCCGACCCAUCUGACCCCAACCAAGUCUCGAAUCAGGAAUCGGGUGAAAGCCAAGGACCAUCCAGCAGUGGCGGACUGUCAACCGGUGCCAUUGUGGGUAUUGCCGUCUCGUGUGGUGUUGUGCUGUAUGCUGUCGGCACCGUCCUGUUUGUCCGUCGGUACCGCAAGCGUCGCCAGCAGCGCCAGGAGGAGGAGGCUGCGCAGCACCAGGUGUUUGCACAGAGUAUCUCUGCACCGAUCAUGCAAGAAAACUCGUUGGGCUGGAGUUCGUCUCCACCACCUCUGCAGCAAUUCCCUCAUCACGCCCACUCCCAAUGGUAGCCUACGCUGCAACCAAACAACCCUCCCCUCCCCAUUCAUGACACAUAUUUCCACCGCACACACAAUUCAGCUAGCAGAACAAAUUGUAUAACACCUAUUAUUUUGUUGUUCCCCGCCCCCCCCCCCUAUUUAGAAGCAUAGGGUGUACAUCUAUUAUUGUAAUUUAUCGGAAAGGAAAAAAGAAAAACAAAGUAUCACAAUCUUACACAGCGCAGAAAGUUUCUUCAAGUGUUGUUUGUGGUGGAACGUGCUACUGCUUUCUUUGGUCGGUUGGCCAACGCAUAGGCCAUACCAAUAGACUAAAUAGCAG